AUGGCACGCAACAGUGAAAAAGCGCAGUCGAUGCUGUUCCGCUUCCGAGCGCAGCAAGCAGCCGACCUCGGAAUUAUUGACAUCUCACGCACACGCCGCCCGAAGGCGAUCACAACCAUCGACACGGUCCCAGUAUGCGAGCGCUGGCGCGGACAAGUCGUCAAAGAGAUUUCCCGCAAGGUAUCACGCAUUCACGAGCUCAGCCUAAGCGACUACCAGGUUCGUGAUCUCAAUGACGAGAUCAACAAGCUCAUGCGCGAGAAAUGGGCGUGGGAAAUGCAAAUUCGUAACCUGGGCGGACCAAACUACAUGCGUGGAUCGAGCCGAAUGUACGAUGACGAGGGACGUGAGAUCCCGGGUGGAGGCAAAGGCUACAAAUAUUACGGGCGUGCCCGUGAGCUACCUGGCGUCAAGGAAAUGAUCGAUGCUGCCAUCACUCGGGCCAAAGGACCUUCGGAAGAGGAAGAGGCCGUGUCUGGUCGAGGCGGAGAUAUUGCGACGAAGAAAGUCGAUGCCAAUUAUUUCGGAUAUGGCCUUGACGAAGAAGAUGGCACAUUACUGGCCUACGAAAAGCAAAAGGAGAAAGAGGCUGUUGACAAUCUGCGCGGCAAAGGAGAGGACGAUGCUGAAGAUGGUUGGCAAUCUCUACCUGGUGAUGCGGGUGACGGGGUGGAAUGGAGACUCCCAACACUAGAUGAAGUUCAAGAAGAGCUGGUGGAUAGGCGGCGGCGGCGCCUUCUCGAUAAAAUCUCUUGA